AUGACUGAGCUUAGCAAGCCUGAGGAAGACCUUCAGGACCCAGGUGAGGCCCAGGGCCCGGAGGAGGUGCAGCUCUUGGGGGCUGAGGUGGGGGAGGCUGCAUCAGCCUCGGCCUCCUCCCCCGCAGUCUCCUGCUCUGCCUUGCCCCAGGAAGCUCUGAAUGAGAUGGUGGCUAACCUGAUGAAGUUCCUGCUCCUCAAUUAUCGGGCCAAGGAGAUGACCUCCCAGGCGGAAAUGCUGAAGAAGGUCCUCAGGGAUAACCAGGAACACUUCUCGGUGCUCUUCAGCCAAGCCUCGGAGUGCCUGCAGCUGGUCUGUGGUGCGGAGAUGAAGGAGGUAGACCCCAGGGAGCACAUCUACAUCAUGGUCCCCACCCUGGGCCUCACCUGCGAUGCUAUGCUGAGCAGUGGGCAGAGCAUGCCCAAGGCCAGCCUCCUGGUGCUGGUCCUCAGCCUGAAGAGGAGAUCUGGGGAGCAUUCAGCAAAUGAGGAUGUUUGUCAGGAGGGAGCACUGUGUUUUGGGGAACCCAGAGAGCUGCUGACCCAAGUGUGGGUGCAGGAGGGGUACCUGGAGUACCGGCAGGUGUCUGACAAUGACCCUGCUUGCUUCGAGUUCCUGUGUGGUCGCCAGGCCUGUACAGAGACCAGCAAGUAG